AUGACAAAUCCCGAACAAAUAGACCCUUCCCCCUCGGAAGAGCCCAUAUACAACUUAAUUUCCCAGAACAAACAGAAGAUCCACGAGAUCCUCGGAAGCAAACAUAGCUGGGACGAGUCUCUGUUAUUGGGCGCUAUCUCAUUUGCACAAUCUAAGGUCCUCACCUACAUUAUCGACAACCUGAGCGUGCCCACUUCUUACAGAGAUCGCCUUGGAAGAGUUGUGGAGAAGACAUGGAAAGAUAUUCACCACUCCACGAUCACGAUCUUUCUCGCUCAAUUUAGACAUAUAGAGGGGAAACCGGUCCGUGGCAAGAAGGUCAAAUCUUCAACCCUGAUAAAAAUACGCAAGGCUUUUGAGCACUAUGUGCGUUUCAUUUCCAAGAGUUACGAUUUUUACAUCUCCUUGAUCAAGCAGAUCUUGAUCUCCUACGACCUUACCUCCUGUGUCCCGGUGAGAAAGUUGGUAUCCACUCUGAAGAUCGAGAUUGACACAAAGGACGCAAAGCCUGUCGCAUCUCAGCAAACCGUGGACUCACUGGUCAGUAUCAUCAGUAAAUGUGUGAUUUACAUCGGUGACCUGUCCAGACUUCGUACCUUGGUGGCCAAGACGUAUCUUCCCACAGCCGCCAUCUCGAGGGAGGACAACAAUAAUUACAGCAAGUCGAUUGAAUUGUACAAAUUGGCCUUGCUGAUCCUUCCCUCCUUGGGCGAUCCUUACAACCACAUUGCCAUCAUUGACAAAUUUAAAGACGACAGUUUCAACGUUGUCUAUAAUUUCAUUCGGUCUUCUCUCAGCAGUGAACCGCUCCCUAUUGCACUUGAAAACUUGAUCGAAUACAUGUCGAAAAAACCAAACUCCAUGCUCAAGAUGUUUGAAAAGUACAACUCGGUUCCUGCUGAGGAGUUGACCAAGAACGUGAGAUUUGAGCUUCUCAGAUAUCAGUUCCUUGCACUUUUCGAUUACCAUUUGCUUCCUGGCCAAUGGAAAGAAACCGACGGAUACCUCACUAACCAUCACCCAAUCUCGGAGAUUGAAACCGAAUUUUAUAAACUUAUGAGGCAGCUUGAUUACCGGAAACAGGUUUUCAACGACAUGUACUUCAAGCAGCUUGUUAUCUUGAUUGGUGGGUUCGAGCUUCUUGUCGACACCAAUAUGAGCCACCCCGAUUUGGAUCAUAGCGCCUCGAAUAUUGGUGAGUAUCUCAAGUUCAUCUUCAGAUACUUGGACAACAUGAUGCAAAUUUCAUUGGAUAACUGGAAGGCCGAUCCAAAGAACCCGGACUUGACUCAUAUGUUGCUGCCGCUGACAAGAUUGAUGCUUUGUUGGUUCAAAGAGAGAGACUUACCGAAAGGAUUCCUGAUCCAGACUCCUCAGUACGCGACAAAUUUGGCGCGAAUCGUGAACAAUGCUGUGACUUACAUCAAGUCGUAUUCUGACGAGUGUAUGGAGUUCAGCAGUAUCACAAAGUUGAAGGAUUUCAAGCCUGACAGAAGAAGAUUGUUCAAAGAGGACGUCACUCUUAAAGAGUUCAGACCAAUCAACUAUUCUUUGGACGACUUUGACGAUACCAGGUUCAACGACAGGUCCGAGGUUUCUGUGCUCGCGCUAAUUGGAGAGUUACCCGACGAGACACAGAAAUCGAUGAAAGUCUGUGACUAUGUUUUGAGAAUAAUCGCUGUUGCACAUUUGGGAAUUGAUAUCCUCAUUGACAACAAUGUUGGCUUGCAAUUUGAUCCUGAGUCGGAAACAUUUUUGAUUCCAGACACCAACGCGACUGGAGGUCUGAGACCCUCUGCCAAAGUCCAAGACUCAGCUUCUGCUGCCAAGUCUAAUUUUGAGGAGAACGAAAACGACCAUCAAUUUGUCUCGAUGGUGGAGUCGAUUGUGAGCGACCCGGAGGAUGGCCCUGUCUCUCAGCCUGUGAGCGCUGCCAACUCGCCGCUCCUGUCAAAGUCUCCAUCGGGAACCGUUCCAACUGCCUCCAAUGCGCAAUUAUUCUCCAACAUCUGGUCCAACCAGCCAAUGCUAUCGAACUUUCAGCCACCAGCAGCAAAUUUAAACUUUUACUACCCAAUGGAUAUGAACCAGGCCCAGUUCCCCCCAACAGGCAUUCCCGUCAUUAAUCAGAACGCAUUUGACUUGAAUCCACAGUUUGCUACCCCAGACGUGUUCAAUGCCUUCAACAACAGACCAUACUUUUUCCAGCAGCCUUCGGAGAUGAAUACUGCUAAGCAUGACGUGUCGGAGGACCUGAAGCCGUUCAAACCAUAUCAUCAGUAUGGACAACCUUAG